ACAAGUUUUUUUCUUUUAAAUGUUAUAAAAAAUGAGUUCAUUAUACUCGCCUUUACCUCCACAUAUUGAACAUAACCUUGAAAGACUGGAUUUGAAGGAAUUGGAUUGCUCCAGAAACAAAUAUGUUGAAACGUUUAUGAGUCAACAAUUGAAAGACAACAAUAAGAAGGAUGAAAUAUUAACAAAAAUGAGAAUAAAAGGUGUCAUGCUUGAUUCAAUCAAUAUGAAUCAUCCGAAGAAGAAAAAUAAAAAACGAUUUAAAACUAUGAACUCUCAAGAACGUCGAAGAAGAGGAAUUUUUAAAAUAUCAAAGCAAAAUCAAAGAUAUGAGCUGUUUUUACCUCUUCAUGAAAUGUGGAAAGAAUACAUGAAAGAAAUAAUGGGGGAAACAAAUCAAUGUGAAACCACUAAAACUAAAUUUCUUGCUUCAAAGAUAAUCAAGGCAGAUUUUCACGGAGCCAUUCUCACUGUUUCAAAGUCAAAAUGUCCCAGUUAUGUUGGUCUGUCAGGAAUAAUGAUUCAAGAAUUAAAGAAUGUUUUCAAAAUCAUCACAAAACAGAAUGAGUUAAAGACACUUCCUAAAAUCAACAGUGUGUUUACUGUGGAUGUUGGGGGAUAUUUAUGUACACUGUAUGGCAAUCAUCUACGUGUGAGGUCUGCAGAACGAUCAUCAAAGAAACUUAAAUCAAAGUCAACAACUGAUUUAUGACUGCACUCACAGUUGUUUAAUUGACAGACUUAUGAUGUUGUUAAUCAUUUAAUCAUAAUAAAACUGAGAUGUGA